GGGCUGGGGGUUUCGGUACUGGGGCUCCAGGCGGCCCGGAGGAAAGAAGGAAGGAGGAGGCCUGUUUGUUUGCGGGGUGGGAGCGAGGUUGUCGCACAUCCGUUCCUCCGGGCUCGAUCUGGGCUGUCCCCUCGUCCACCCGCCUUGAGCCAUGGCUCCCACUCUGGCCACUGCCCACCGGAGGCGAUGGUGGAUGGCCUGCACCGCCGUGGUGGAAAAUCUCCUUUUCUCUGCUGUCCUCCUGGGCUGGGGGUCUCUGCUCAUCAUGCUCAAGUCCGAGGGCUUCUAUUCCUAUCUGUGUACAGAGCCAGAGAACAUCACCAACAGCUCCGGCCAGGCACCAGAUGCAGAGCAGGAGGAGGUGAGCUGGAUGAAUGGCUGGCUCAGCUGUAAGGCCCAGGACGAAAUGCUGAACUUGGCUUUUACCGUGGGCUCCUUCCUGCUUAGCGCCAUCACUCUGCCCCUGGGCAUCGUCAUGGACAAAUACGGCCCUCGCAAGUUGCGUUUGCUUGGCAGUGCCUGUUUUUCUGUUUCUUGCUUGUUGAUCGCCUAUGGAGCCAGUAACCCAAACUCCCUCUCUGUGCUCAUCUUCAUCUCCCUGGCUCUGAACGGCUUCGGUGGGAUGUGCAUGACCUUCACGUCACUGACGCUGCCCAACAUGUUCGGUGACCUUCGGUCCACGUUCAUCGCUCUGAUGAUUGGCUCUUACGCCUCUUCCGCGGUGACUUUUCCAGCAGUCAAGGUGAUCUAUGACUUCGGGGUCUCCUUCAUCGUCAUUCUGGUUGUCUGGGCUGGCUGUGCUGGGCUCGUUUUCCUGAACUGCUUCUUGAACUGGCCCCUGGAGCCUUUCCCGGGGCCAGAGGACAUGGACUACACGGUGAAGAUCAAGUUCAGCUGGCUGGGCUUCGACCACAAGAUCACGGGGAAACAGUUCUACAAGCAGGUGACCACGGUGGGCCGGCGCCUCAGCGUGGGCAGCUCCAUGAAGCAGCCCAAGGAGCAGGCUGUCCUGCAGGAGGGCAACAAGCUCUGUCUGUCCACCAUCGACCUGGAGGUGAAGUGUCAGCCGGAUGACGCAGCAGCCCCCUCCUUCAUACACAGCGUGUUCAGUCCCAUCCUGCUGCUCAGCCUGGUCACCAUGUGCGUCACUCAGCUCCGCCUCAUCUUCUACAUGGGCGCCAUGAACAACAUCCUCAAGUUCCUCGCUGGCGGCAGCCAGGAUGCAGUGGGUCUUUACACAUCCAUCUUUGGUGGGCUACAGCUACUCUGCCUCCUGACGGCCCCUGUCAUUGGAUACAUCAUGGACUGGAGGCUGAAGGAAUGUGACGACGGCUCUGAAGAGGCCGAGGAGAGAGAUGGUGACCAAGGGGAAAAGAAGAAGAAGCGAGAUCGCCAGAUUCAGAAGAUCACCAAUGCCAUGAGGGCUUUUGCCUUUACCAACCUCCUGCUGCUGGGGUUCGGAGUCACCUGUCUCAUUCACAAUCUGCCUCUGCAGGUUCUCUCCUUCAUCCUGCACACGAUCGUUCGGGGCUUUAUCCACUCUGCCGUCGGGGGUCUCUAUGCUGCUGUGUACCCCUCCACCCAGUUUGGCAGCUUGACGGGCCUUCAGUCCCUGGUCAGUGCCCUCUUCGCUCUCCUGCAGCAGCCUUUGUUUGUGGCGAUGAUGGGGCCCCUUCAGGGAGACCCAUUUUGGGUUAACAUGGGUCUCCUUGGGGUCAGCCUGCUGGGCUUCUGCCUGCCUCUUUACCUGAUCUUCUACCGGCGACAGCUGCAGAGGCAGCUGGACCAGAAGAGAGAGGACGAGAAGCUCUUCCUGAAGAUCAACGGUACCCCCAAUCAGGAGGCCUUCGUGUAGGCCCUCCCACGCUUCACUCCACGGGCUCCUCCCCCACUUGGACCAUGGCUGCCUUUGGCCCCCUAGCCCGGCUGGGCCCCCAGAGCACACGUCUCCUGUCACCCUGCCUCUGCCCCCGUCCACUCUGGCACUCUUGGGAUUCUACGUCAGAAGCUGUUUGCAGCUCGGGCUGUGGUCCCCUGCUCGGGGGCCCUCUGGCCCUCCACCAGGAGCUGGGAUGGGGUGGGAUGGAUGCUGAGGGCCUGAGACAGCAGCACCCGGGGCUGGACUGAUGGCCUCCUCCUUGUUAGGAUAAGCCUACCUGGUCUUUCUGGCCAGAGCUGCUGAGGAGCUGGGUCCCCGCUGGGGCUGGUACUGCCCCCUGCCCACCUUCCAGCUCCCUCCCUGUGCUCCUGGAGGACCGGUCUGUUGGCUCUCGGCUGUCUGCCACGACAGACUGACGAGGACGAUAUUGUGGGAUUGACACCACCCUCGGAUGCCCAGUGGGCCCCCUUUCCUGAGUUUUUGGGUAACGCCUCUUUCGCCAAAUUCGAGGAGUGGGCUGUCCUCCCUGUGCCCAUGAGCCAAGCCAGCUGCUCCCUCUGCUGCAUGCCAACACAGACUGUCUGCCCACGGAGGGGAGGCUUUCCACGCUGGUCCACUCUACUCAGACCCAGAGACACACACCUCCUGGCCUGGUGGCACCCAGACAGCCAUCACCCAAGAAAGCUGUGUGAGGAAGGAAGGCCCCUCUUGUCAUUGUUGGUGCUAACCCCCUUGUGAUUCUCCUUGCCCUACGUCCCCCCCCGCAGAGUCUCUGCUAUCAUGUGCAUGUGGGACCCCGUCACCUCAUCCUGCUGUGUCCCUGCUGGCCAGGACAGAGGGAGUGGCCUUGCUCUGAGACUGGGGCGAAGGUCAGGGGACAGGAGGCGAGAGCUCAGAGGGAGCCUCAGAGCCCUGACAAAGUCAUCCCCGACCCUCUUCCUUGGAGGGCACUUGGGUGGGUGGGGCCUCGCUGGGCAGCCCUGGGCAGGGUCCAGUUGCAGCCUGGAUGGCGUUUUGGGGUGGGGGAGGAGAAUGAAGGGAGGUGCCUGUUGGACUCCCAGAUUCUUUGGGGGAGGGGGGAAGAAUCGUGUGUUUGGAUUGUGGAGUUGUGCGAGUGUGUGCCUGGGUGUGUGUGUUUAGGACCAGAUCCCCGGGGCUGGUCUGGGUGAGACUGAGUGAUGCAGCUGCAGGUCCGCAGCGCCCCCUGGCGUUAGGCUUUCCAAAGCCGGCCUGGCCCUUUAUGGGAUGCAGGGACCCCUCUCGGCCUGGCCCUCCAGCUGAGAGGUGGGGGCAGGCGCUGCUCUUGGGGUUUCGGCCCAACAUGUGGCCUCAGCGUGCUCACCUGCAGCACCCAUCAGGUGAGGCUUCCUAGUAGGUGUAAAGGUGGUGUGGGCUUGGGAUUUUUUUUUUGUUUGUCUUAUUUUAAAGUUUUCUCAAACUUCUUUUUUUAUUAUAAAGCAAUAAAUGCCUCUUCCUUGUAGUCAAGGAAAUCUGUGUUUGCAUGUGCCAGUGAAGCUGGACGUGGAAGCUUGGGGCUUGGUACAGAAAAUCUGAGAAGCGCGAGCUCCUCUCAGAUUGCCCCAUUCCAUCCUGGAGGACCACAGAUUCCAGUGGAGAAAAGGGUCUGUCUCUGUCCACUCUACCUGUGCUGGAAGGGGUGGAGGCCAGACACAGAGAGUGCUUUGUGGCUAAAGGCCCAAGCCUAGCCCAGCCCAACAGGAACCGAAACCAGUGGAGCAGGGUCAGAACCAGGCCAUCCUAGGCUCACUUUUGGCAGCCCAUGCAAGCCUUGGGUCCCCUCAGGUCCUUGAGAACUCCAGAGAAAUGGGUCACUUAGGUUUCUCUUUCUUCCUCGAUAGGUUCCCACUGUUGAUCAGAAAGACUGGGGGUGACUCCUGAGUUAAAUGCAUCUUGGAUCUAUGAUCUAGGCCUAGGAACUUGAGAAACAGUGAGCUAUAGCAGAAAGAAGCACUACCUUGGUGGAGUCAGAAGAGCCAAGAUCUGAUCCCGGGUCUGCCUUUAUUUAGCUGUGUGACCUCAGACAACCACUCAGUUCUCUGGGCUGCAUUCUUUUUUUUUUUUUUUUUUUCAUCAGUAGAAAAAGAGGUUGUUGGACUAGAUAAAUUCCAGGCUCCCUUCUGGAUGUCUGAGGGGCUGCUGACUGUGGGAACAAGAAUGCAGGUCUGGAAUCAGAAUGGGAAGGGCUGGGGAGGAAACCACAUUAGGACUUGAGGAACUUUGUUGUGGUUAGGGGGGGUGGGAGGGGAGCAGAGGGGAGUAAAAAAAAAAGUAACAGUGGUACAUGUCAGAAAAAAGGGGCCUCCCUAAGAGUCAUGGGAUUUUGGGUUUAGAGAGCCAGAAGGGAGCUUAGGAACUGUGAAGUCUAACUCCCCCCCCCCCCCCCCCAUUUUACAGAUGAGCAAACUGAGGAACAGAAGAGGUUUUAAGUGACUUGCCCAGGGUCAAAGAGCUAGGAAGGGUGGGUGGUAAAAUUUGAACUCAGGCCAUCUGGACUCCAAGCACCACCCAGUUGCUUCCAACAAGUGAGAAGGUAUUGCCCACCAAGCUGGAGGCACCUGGCGGGAGAGGGGAGACCAUGAUGCCAACAUUCACCCACUUGCUGUAAGUCCCAGCACAAACAAGUCGCAGGAUUUGAUGUGCUCAGGACUUUGCCCAAGGGAGCAAGUGCCACCUACCAUCUUAGACUGUUGUCAGGGACUCUUUUCUUAUGUCCUGGUGUGGUGGAAAUAGCGUUGGACUUGGAGCUAGAGGAAGUGGGUUCACGUCACGACUUUGCUAUUUACCCUAUGUGAAUGUCAUUGGUUAAAUCACUGAUCUGAGCCUCGAGUUGUCCAUAGAAUGAGGGGUUAGACCAGAUGGAUUCUAGGGUCCCUUCUGGCUCGGGGUUUAUGAUUCUGCGCCCAGUUGUCUGGCCAUUCGCAUCUUGCCAUCUAACAACAGUAAAAACCAGUCAAAAAAAAAAAAAAACAGUUGACUGGUGGUAAUGGCUCAGCCAGU